CCGCGACUGGAGCAAUGCGGCAACCGGUGGUACGGCUGGUGUGGCUGCAUCGGGUGCCGUACGCCGAGGUGCUGGCGCUGCAGGAUCGCUGGCUGCGGCGGCUGCAGGCCGAGCCAGGGACCGAGGCGGGCGCCCUCCUGCUCUGCGAGCCCGCGGGGCCCGUGUACACCGCCGGGCUGCGCGGCGGCCUGACGCCCGAGGAGGCGGCGCGGCUGCGGGCCUUGGGGGCCGAGGUGCGCACCACUGGCCGCGGCGGCCUAGCCACCUUCCACGGCCCGGGCCAGCUGCUCUGCCACCCGGUCCUCGACCUGCGACCCCUCGGCCUGCGCCUGCGCGCCCACGUGGCGGCACUGGAGGCGUGCGCCGUGCGCCUGUGCGAGCUCCAGGGCCUACCGGGCGCCUGCGCGCGGCCGCCGCCCUACACCGGCGUCUGGCUGGGAGAGCGCAAGGUCUGCGCGAUCGGAGUCCGCUGUGGAAGGCACAUUACGUCCCACGGCCUGGCGCUGAACUGCUCUACGGACCUCACUUGGUUUGAGUACAUUGUGCCCUGUGGGCUGGUUGGGACAGGCGUCACUUCCCUGAGUAAGGAGCUCCAGAGGCAUGUCACUGUGGAUGAAGUAAUACCACGUUUCCUUGAGGCCUUUAAAGAGACCUACAAGUGCACGUUGACCUCAGAGGACAGCCCCAACUGAAGGGUGUUUAUAUUAUCACAGCCUUGGAAAGCACCACACCUGACUGGGAGUCACUGAAACCCAGAUUCUAGACCCGGCCCUGUCAUUCACACACCGUGAGACUAUGGGCAGAUCAUGAGCUCUGAGCCAUUGGUUCCAUAUGUACCCUUGUUUAUUUAUAUCUUCCCCACCUACCUCUGCUAUAGAUGUGAAAAAAUUAUGUAAAGCAUGCUAUAUAAAUAUAAGGCAUUAGCACUACUGUUGACAUCAUUUUCUCAGCUUAGAAAAACUCAUAGGGUGUCAUUUUUCAAAUAUUAUUUCAUCAAUACUGUAUUUAACUGGGGAAGUCUGGGCUCCAGUUCCUUUGAUUUUUGUGAGAAUCAUUUCUCUGCAUCAUCCAGGUGAAGGUGAUGUGAUAUGGUGCUUUUUCAUUUUCAGGAGACCUGAGUGCUUUCUGCAAUAAAAGGGAAAGGCCUCUUUAAAGAAUAAAAUGGAAUUCUGUCUUCCUGGGCUGGAUUCCUCAAGCCUGAUAGCUACUUUUCAUUAGGUAACCUGAGCUAGGCCAGAGGCUGGGGAAAGAGAAGAAUAAUUUCUCACACUGUACAAAUGCCAAAGAUAAAAGUAAGUUUUUCUUAUACGAGAUCUCUAAGUUUGUAAGGUUCUGUAUUUUCUAUUGCUGUGUAACAAAUCACCCCAAAACUUAAUGACUCAAAAAAUAUUUAUUAUCUCAUAUACUGUGGGUCAGGAAUUUGGGAGAAGCUUAGCUGGGUGGUUCUGAGUCAAGGUCUCAUGAGGUGCAAUCAAGGUGUCAUCUGGGGCAGCUCUCAUCUGAGGACUUGACUAGGGCUGGAGAAUCAGCUUCCAAGAUGAUUCACUCACAUGCUUCAUUGGUACUGGUUGUUAACAGGAGGCCUUAAUUCCUCACCUUAGUGCCUCAUCAGUCCGUAGGGCUGCUUGCAUGUUCUCAUGACCUGGCAACUGGCUUCCCCCAGAGCAAGUGAUGCCAGAAAGAGACAAGGUGGAAGCCACGGUGUCUUUUAUGACCCAGCAUUGGAAGUCACACAGUUAUUUCUGCAGUCUCCCAAUAUGUGAGCCUUAUUCAGUAUGGAAGGGACUACGCAAGGGUGAUAGGAGGUGAGGGUCAUUAAGGGCCAUCUGGGAGACUGCUUACCACAGGCAGUUAGGGUAGAAAGAGCCUUGAAUGAGGAGUCAGGUGACCCUAGUUCCAGUCCUGGCUCUGUGGAACAGUAAUCAACAACAUUCAAGAUGGCGGUUGCUUUCUGAGGGACUGUAAUUAGGAGAGCUCCCUGCUGCUGAUGGACUUGUAGUGGAGUUAAGCCACCAAAAUAUGGGGGUUGUUCAUUACCACAGUAUAACUAGCUUAUGCUGGCUGAUAAAAUAUGUUUAUAUUAAUUAGGGCUGUUGUAUUUGCAAGUAUAGAAACCCAACUCAAACAAAACAAAAACAAAAACCCAUAAUGGGAGGGCUCUUGGAAAAGGUACUGAGGGGUCUCAUAAAAUCCAAGGGUGGGGCUGCAGCUGGGCUCCAGAAGAGAACCAGAGCAUGUGGUCCUUUAGGAACCCACGUGAUCUCUCCUGUUCUCUGCUGUGCUUCUUGGUGUGUUUACUUCAUUCUGGCUUACUGCAGUACUGCUUUCUCUGUUUCCCAGGCCAUGUGGUAGAAGAUGGCCAUUGCCGCCGUUAUCCAAGUCAAGGGCAAUCCCUAGGUUUCUGGCUUGAGCAAGUGGGUGGAUUCUAGAGGUGUUGCUGGGAUAGAGAACACUGGAUGAUGACCAAGUUUGGAGAGGAUGAUACUGAGUUCAGUUUUAGGUAAAUCAAGUUUGAGAUACUUGUGGAAGAUGCAGGUAGAGAAGCCCAGCUGGGUGUGUAGAUCUGGAGCAUGGCUGUGAUGAGUGAUGGUUGAGGUCUGGGAGCCCAAAGAGAGAAGAGGAGGGCAGAGGACUGAUAAAUGUGAGGCACAGGCCAAGGAGACUGAGAAGCCGUCUAGGCAGAGAUGCAGUGCGGGACCCAGAAUGAGACAACCGCAUCAUCUCAUUCACUCUUCUGGCAUGGCAGCAAGAUAGAUAGGCUUAUUUUAUGAAUGAAAAAGCUGAGGCUUGGAAGGCUAAGUGACAUAUGAGGUCAUGCACUUAGUUAGGAGCAGAGUCAGUCCCUGGCUGCUAAUGUGGGGUCUUUUCCACUCUUCCACAGCUGCCUCUGACGGGGGAGCAGGGCAGGUAACCUGGAGGAGACAUGCCUCCAAGAACAGGUGGAUCGACAGAGCCGAGUAGGACGCAGGGCGGAAGGCCAGAGUUAGGUUGAGGCCGGGUGUGUGGAAUUGGGUCAGACCACUGCUGCGGGUUCCUGACUCUCUUUCCUUCCUGGACAGAGCCCACCUCUGGUUUCCCACUGGGGCCCUUCCUCAAGGAAGGAAGCUGAGUAUGCGAAGGAGGAUAGUUAACACCCUGGCUUUCCUACCUCCAGAAAACCUCUUCUUGUUUAUGAGGAGUCUUUUCCUCAUAAAUAAACAAACUGUCCAGCGUCUGGUGAAUGAGUAGUAAGUGUGAGGACGUGACCAACUGCAGUGACUGGCUCAGCAUCUUGUUCCUCAGCGAGGCUGGCAGGAAACCAAACAGAACCUGCUCUGGCAGUGUGACCAGGUGCACAGCACUUCAUGAAAAAAGCCUCUCACUGAAAACCCUCAUGGAAAUGAGAUAUUUCCAAUCAAAAUCUGAUUUUUUUUUCACUAAAUCGUAAUUUACCUUACAUAUUAUCAUACCAUAUUAUAACUAUAAAGUUUUAAAAAACAACUUGCAUUCCCACCUAAAAAACAUCCUUUUCAUUUAUAUGUUUCCAGUACUUGAUUAUGAGCAGAUAUCUUUUAUUAUUCUAUCCUAUUGUAUUUUAUAACUCUAUUAUUAUGAGUUAUUAUGUGGAUAAAAUUUUGUACACUCUUUUAAACCAAACAUAAUAUUACAAAGAUUUUCCCACAUUGGUAGUCUUUUAUAUUUUUAACAUCUUAAUUUUGUUUUUAUUUCUUUUAAAACUUAGCUCUUUUAAAAAAUGUGUAGGCAGAUUGAACUUGGUGUACCCCCCCCAAAAAAAAAAAAAGUUACAAGAGAAAAAAAAAAAUGUGUAGGCAAUGAAUGCACAUGGAAUAAAAUUUAAAAGGUACAAAAUGCUACCGUGAAAUGUAAGUCUUAUUCCUGUCCCUUUCCCCUGUAAACCCAGUCCCUUUCCUGGAGGCCUAAAUGAUGGUAAAUGUCUUAUUUAUAUUCUUCAGAGAUAUUUUAUACAUAUGUAAGCAUACAUGCUUACAUGUGUACAUUCUUUUUCAUAUAGUAGUAUACUAUACACACAUCCCUGCACUUUGUAAGAUUGUUUCAGGUCAGCAUAUAAAGACAUCCUCAUUUUUAAAAACAACUAUGGAGUAUUCCAUUCAGUGGAUUUACCAUGACUUAUUUAGCUAGUUUAGGUUAUUGCUGAUCUUUUUCUUUUACAAAUAAAGCUGUAAUGAGAAUCCUUAUAUAAAUGUGCAUGUGUGUCUCUGUGUGGUGUGUGUGUGUGCAUAUUGUAUCACACAUGGUGAGCACAGAGUUUGCAUUUUUAGAAGUAAUUUUCUGAGUCAAAGGAUAUGUGCAUUUUUAUUUUAAUAAAUGUUGUCAUAGUGCCUUUCAUAAAGCUUAUACCAGUUUGUAUUCCCAUCAGCAAUGUAUGAUGCGUGAAUUUCAAAUGUUUUAGCAUCUUAGAUUUUUUUCAUCUUUAAAGCUUUUUAUUAUAAAAUCUUUCAAACAUACAACAAUGAACCCCACGAACCCAUCAUACAGGUAAAACAAUCAGCUCAUGGCCAGUCUUAGUUUAUAAACCAGUACCUGUUUCCUGCCUCCUCCCUGGAUUGUUGUGAAGCAAAUCACAGAUACCAUAUUAUUUCAUGCAUAAAUGUUUCAGUAUGUAUUCCCCAAAGAUAAGGACUCUUUAAAAUACUAUAUAUAUAUAUAUAUAUAUAUAUAUACAGGACUUCCUAGGUGGCACAGUGGUUAAGAAUCCACCUGCCAAUGCAGGGACACGGGUUCGAGCCCUGCCCCAGGAAGAUACCAUAUGCCACGGAGCAACUAAGACCGUGCACCACAACUAUUGAGCCUGCACAACUAUUGAAGCCCACACACCUAGAGCCCAUGCUCCACAAGAGAAGCCACCACAAUGAGGAGCCCACGCACAAUGAAGAAUAGCCCCUGCCUGACUGCAACUACAGAAAGCCCUUGUGCAGCAACGAAGACCCA